CCGCUGGCCACCGCUGGCCGGCGGCGGCGGAGGAGGCGGUGGCCAACGGUGGUGGGGUGUCAGCAGUGGCGGUGGGGGCAGCGAGCUGCCACCGGUGCGGCUGACAACGACCGCCGCCUCACCCUCGGCGAGCGAUGCCAGCGAUGUGGACGACUAGAGCGCGAGAGCGUGUUUGGGUGGGAGGAGGAGCGGGGAGGAUGUGUGACAGACCGUUUCCUUCCGGCCUUAGACUGGGUAUGCUAAACCCGCGGAGGAACCACACACACCCCCUCACUCCUGCUCAUCAUGCGAACAUACACACACAGAGACAGACAAACACACUCAAAACCCACGCCAUGAAAGCGAGAUUUUAGCGCCAGCAAGGAACAAAAAACUCGAAAUACACACACAAACACACACGAAACGACCGGGAAUUAGGAGAAACGGAACGUUCUGCCGUGGUGCACGAACGAUGCUCUGCAUUUUCUCCCGCCAAAAGCAACAACCAGUUGUCGCCAAAACACGCAUUCCUUCCUUCCUUCCGUUUCGCGGCACACUUGGAUGGUGUAGUGUAGUGAAAAACGAAGAAACAACGGUAGCUUAUACGAUAGAAGAGGGUGCGUUUAAGGUAGAGACGGUAGUGUACGCUACUGCUCCAUACUACUUGGUAGCCUAAGCCGAAAGAUAACCACCAAAACCGGUAAUCCUCAUUAUGAAGCGGGAAGGAUGGCGCCCAUUAGCAAGAGCAAGCGGCCCAGCUGGGCAACAAGUUAUCCACCCAUAGAUAACUAAACGAGAGCCUGCGUGUAAGCGCGUAACCGACACGUGUUUAGUGUGUAAAGAGGGGGUAAAGUAGCGGCAGCUUAGUGGCGUAGUGGCCCUCGCGACUCAUAUCAUAUCUGUCUGCUGUCCUCUCAUAUCCGCGUGCCCCCCAACAAGGCACGCGCUAAUUAUAGAACCUCUCCAUUCACGCUUUCGCGUUUGCUGCUGCUGCGUAUCUUGCUGUUGCUGCGUACACGUUCUUGGCCACGCAUUAGAGUUACGAGUUGUUGCGCGCUCAUCUGUUCAUGUUCAGCUUCACCCCCGUUUAAGACUCUCGGACGCCGUCGAGGACGUUCUCUCAUAUAUAUCUUUAAAUUAAAACGUAUUUAACGUCACUUCUUCCCCCCCGUCAAGACUGAGCUGGACGAACAAAAUUGUGUUACUUAGAGCGCUUAUAACAGCUAAGGGGGCCCAUCCCCCGGCACAUUCCCAAUUUCGUAUAUUGUAACCUCUAUCCUCCCAUUCUUCAUCUUCCACCGAAGAUGAUGAUCCGUGCUUUUGUUGCGCGAGACAGUUUGGUUUAGAUUUUUACAUAACUCUUCACGUAUCAGAGGCGUGCUUUUUUUACAUUUUUCCCCCACACAACCGUCAUACAUCUUAGCUUGUAAGUAGUUUAAUUUUCCAAAAACCCUCCCCCCUUUUUUGCCUCUCCAAGACAUUCCAUUCCCAUUCCCAAACCCAAAUUUUCGCUUGUAAGCUUCCUGCGCGUGUGUUCCCGUCCCGCGCUACGUCGCGCGGGAAAGUGGACAGGAGAAAAAUUUAUGGAAAAAAGAUAGUAGUGAAUAAAAAUUAUAAUAUUACACAUUUUCCCUGUGAAGACAAAAAAAACGCACACCCCGAUUGAACCUUUGUUACUGACACUGGCUGUGGCUGGAGCGCGGAGAGCGCGGAUCGUUAUUAUUGCAUCCACGCCACAAGGUGAGCCAUUUUCUUAUUCUCCGCUUUGCGCCUUCAUUCCUGCAUUUCCGAGUGAAUAUAUAUAUCACCGCAGCUCGCAUUAUCGUCGGAUUUUUGCUAUAUUUUAAUGAGCCUCACUAAUGGCUUCGGUCGGUCGGUCGGGCACCAUUAUGAUAAGCAUGGCCUCCUACUACUGUGUUUCUGCUCCCAUUGCUAGCCAAAGGUGGAAGUCUCGUGAUGCUCGUCUAUGCUUCCCGGUGUGCUGGGCCCUGUGCUGCAAUAUUAUCAUGCUGUGCUGCGACCUGGCAUUCUUGAGGAGCCCAUCAAGAGUCCAAUGUGUCUCUCGUGACAUGAUUGAUGGCCAACAUCUUUCCAUCGGGGUUAGACUAAGGAGGAAAUGAUCUGCCUCUUUUCUCUUUGCCUUGUGUGUUGUUUCUUUUUUUGUUUUGUUUUCUUCUCUCCCUUUUCCAGCAUUACUCGAAGCUUUCCGCAGGCGCUGUUGUUCUAGGCAGCGCUUCGAAAACCUAUUUUCGUUAAACCCUCCAGCCCCGGGAUGGUAAGCACUGCGAUGAAUGAUGACUUUCGGUUGCGGGUGCGUUCGCACACUACAUGCAAGCCCCACUUUACCUAUCACAAGAGCACACGGUUGGCUUUAGCCUUAUUUAUAGGUAAGUAAUGCGAUGUAACAACCGGCAAACCGGCAACGGCGUUAAACGGGCGAAGCGCCAAGCAGCAGACUUUGGCGUUUGAGUUUUGUCCCUUCCAAGGCCGGCACUAUACUAUCGCUCUUAGGGAUUACCGAAGCUGUCGUUCGUGUUUCGCAGCCUUUUGCCGACACUUUUGCCGCCUAGUAAGCCGGAGAGGGGGAAAAAAUAGACGAGAAAGUUAAAUCCAAUCUAUUGUUCACUUUACUCUCCCCUUUUCUUUUCUACUUCCAUCAGCUGCCGUCAAUUGAUUUUGCAGUACGUUUCGACAAAGCACAAGAAGCUCCCGUUUAUCUUUCACAUUUUCUUCUGCAUUUUCUUUUUGCAUUUUGCUGUUCAUCCGCAACACCUCAAUCAAUUCAUUGUAAUCCAAUCUGUGCCUGUGUGGAAAAGCCGUUCCGCGAAAAAGCGAGGGAAACUUUGCCUUUGCAGUCACACAUCAUAAAUUUUGCCUGCUGCUGCUGCUGCUGCUUGUGCUGUUACUGUUGUGCGAUGAAAAGUGACGCAAAAAUUGCACAGCAAGGGAUAGGGGAAGAGGACACCCUGCUGCCAUUGAGCGAUGAACUCAUCCGGACGACUCGGUCUGGUUGAACCGGUUGGUUAGGAAGGCUCACCCAAGGGUCCCAUUGCGACGCGCUUUGCCACGCGGAAAAGGAUGUGGCCCUUCGCUUCACAAGAGGGUAAUCUAUCAAUGUCCUGCAAAACGACUUGAUUGGCUGGGAUGGCCCUCAUGCCCUCGGGCGAAAUUAACUCGGGCCGGCCACUACCAUCAGCGCACCACCACCACGGGGGAGCUUUUAUCGUGUCUUGCCGGGAGUGGAAAAAGUUGCAAAUCCACUCCUACGCUACAGCGGCUACUAAACACGUUUUCGCACUCCCGCCGCACCGGGUUUUCCCCCCUCACCCCGUUCGUACCCGUUUUUGAUGGAGACGCCCAGUCAUCGCUGUGUGGGGUGCAAUGCGGAAGGUAUAAUUUCAGGCGAAAACUGCUCUACCUUGCUACAACCACACAUACAUACACCUUUUUGAACCCGACGGUACGACGAUCGUGCUUGCCGGUCCCCAGGGAGGGUCCAAUUUGUAGUCGCUUUGGAUUUCGAGUUUGAAGCCAUUUCAUUUGACAGCUCGUCAGACUCGUCGUUCCGUCGUCGUCAGCUCUUUUCCGUCGCCACGCUCAGCCACGCAUGCAAUUACAGGACAGAGGGGGAGCGCAACGGACAGCAGGUUCCAUCACAUCGAAGCAACCGGUGGCGGUGACAACACCAACGACGACGACGGGUGGAAAGCAUGCUGAGAGUGGAGUGGUUGUUGUAAGCUACCACCACGACGGGUCUUGCACGACGAGGUGUGGUUUGUUGGAUGACGAUGUGUCCCCGGCUGGGUGUCGGUCGGUUGGAAUGGAUGGCAGCGAAAGCGGGUUACAGGCACGCGCGCGCUCGCUCACAGGUGCCACCCAGGUCUGAUUCAGAGACAUGAAUUGUAAAUAUUUAUUGUAUGAACCCCGGCGGUGUUGAAGCGGUGAUGGUGGUCGCCGUUUUCUCCCUCGUUUUUUUUUGCUUUUGCAUACGUAUGUGUAUGUGUUUUGGCAGCAGAAGCAGCAACACCUGUAUCGGGCAGGCAGGCCCAGCUAUCGGUCGUUGCCGAGCGUGGCUUCACUCCGGAUUUGAACGUGUGACAGUUAACACAGUGGUGUGCUUUAUCGUGCUGCGGAGAGCGCAAGUUUCCGUGCGUGUGUGACUGUGAAAUGGGCGACAGCGGUGUACCGAAGCGAACCCGCCGGAAACCAUCCGGCAUACUGAAGCUGGACAGUGUGCGGCGUCGAGAGUCGUCCGGCAGUUCGCUGCUGCAGCUGGGCGAUGAGCUCUCACCACCUUCGUCCGUGUCGCCACAGCUCUCGGUCACGUGGGCAUUCCCGCCCGUCGGCCAUUCGCCGAACGAUUUGCCCGAGGACGCGGACGCAGAUGCCAGUGAUUUGAGCACGGAGCAACAACGCCCGGAAGUCAUUAGUGUUCCGCCGUCGCACGAUGGCGCUAGUGGUACGCUGGUGCAUGCCGCCACUGCCGGAAACAAUCCACCGACGAAGGUGCCGCCACCGUACGCCGAACCGCCCGAACGUGCCAGGCGCACAGCUGUGAAGGUGCUCGCUACGACGACCGGGACGACCGGAAGCGUUAUGAAAUCACCGGACGUCGCUGGGGGCACGUUCUUUGGCGGUGACUCAGGCUCCGGUGCUGUGCGUGGCGAAUCGGAGGACGAUGAGGACUAUUCCGCCAGUAUUAAUGCGAUCAUACAGCGGAAAGCAAGUGUUAAGAAAAAGCGCGGAGGAUACAAAGGAGCACACCAUCGACGAACGUCCAGCCCGGCUAGCCAGAUGAUGGGACUCGGCGGAUCGGAGCAGUUGGGUCCGGAUGGGCGCCGUCGCUCGAGCGUCUACACUACCAGCUCGGGCGAGACGGGCAUUACGCUGCCCGGGGACGACCAUUCGAUUGGGCGCGAUGAGUCGGCCGGUCGGCAGGACAAGCUGUUCGACACGAUUCGACUGCACAAGGAGGUGCUGCAGACGGUCAAACUGCAGCCGAUUAGCAUGAAGCGCAAGUUGCGCCUCGUACAGCAAGCGAAGAGCUACAUCACGCGCCACGAAGGGGCCCUGCAGGAACACUUUACCUCACGUACGGCACGUAGUCUGCUGGCACAGUUUAACAUUUUCCUCACGACGAAAUGGCAACAGCUACUGCGGGAGCUGGCCAAUUUGGCCACCUAUCUGAUACCGUGGGAAUCGCGCAUCAAGGAAAUUGAGUCCCACUUCGGAUCGGUCGUAGCGUCCUACUUCACCUUUCUCCGCUGGCUGUUCUCGGUGAACAUUGUUAUCUCGGUGCUGCUCGUAGUGUUCAUCAUGGUUCCGGAGGAAAUUUACGUCGACCCGGAGAAGGCUAAAUGCGACAUACGGAAGACAAUGUCCAAGCAGGAGCUAGCACUGACGCGCAACUUUAGCACGAUUUGGGAGUUUGAGGGUCAUCUCAAGUAUUCGCCCUUGUUUUACGGUUACUAUUCCACCUUUUCGGGAGCGAUUGCAUGGGGUUACAAUCUCCCGUUGGCUUACUUCUUCACGGGAUUGGUAGUUUACAUCUACAGCUUUGUGGCGACGUUGAAAAAGAUGGCAGAAAACUCACGAAUGUCAAAGUUGUCCUCCAAAGACGAUGAGUACGUGUUUUCAUGGAAGCUGUUCACUGGGUGGGACUACAUGAUCGGCCAUAUGGAAACGGCACAGAAUCGGAUGGCUUCCAUCAUACUUGGCUUUAAGGAGGCGCUGCUCGAGGAAGCCGAGAAGAAAAAGGACACACGAAACUGGAAGAUCAUUCUGCUGAGAAUACUGGUGAACUUUCUCAUACUCGGUCUGCUAGUGAUCUCCGCGUACGAGGUCAUUCUGGUUGUGAAACGCUCGAUGGACAUCAAAGAGUCCGACUCCUGGUGGAGACGGAACGAAAUCACCGUCGUCAUGUCGCUCAUCUCGUUCUUCUUCCCCAUGAUCUUUGAAGCGCUCGGUAUCAUCGAGUACUAUCAUCCACGAAAGCAGCUGCGCAUACAGCUCGCCCGCAUCAUGGUGCUGAAUAUGCUGAACCUUUACUCGCUUAUCUUCGCUCUGUUCGACAAAAUUGCCCACAUGACGGGAGAGUUGCGACGCAUGAAGCCAACCAACUUUACAUCUUCGGCUUCUUCGUGCUUUUUACCCGAAGCGGGCGCAAGAUGGGACGUUUCUGGUGUCCCCAUUGAGAUGGUACAUUCCGAGCGAUCGAUGUUAUUGGACAUGGUGGCGGACUUUAAUCGCAGUGGAGUUGGACCGGCUACGGUGUUGGCUAAUGGGAGUAGCUGUUUUCGAGUUCCGUUCAACUGUUCGGAAGUGACCAGUACGGCAACACUGUUAACUACACUCUUGUUGACGAGUUUAUCCACGACAACAAACAUGCCGGAACAAUUUAGCCCCACUACGGCACUGUCAACGAGUGAGUUCCCGUUAACCAGCUUCAAUCCAACCACCACACUGAGAGAAUAUCGGUCGCCUUACGAAGGGUACGAUUACGACGAGGAAGAUAUGGACUAUUAUUUGGAGUAUCGAGCCCGACUGCUUCCGAACGAUAAGCUGGAAGGUGUUCCUAUCAACAAACGAGAGGCUGUUUAUGAUUUCGAAGAGCACAACGAUACUGCCAUCUCGGUGAAUGACACCAGCAGUAUGGAUAAUUUUACAACUGUUCAAAGCACAACGGCACCUACCGUCAGUACGGAAGACUUCCAAACGAUGACGUACACGGAGCUGCACAGCUAUGUGACGGGAAGAUAUGACGACUUUUUAGCUAAUUAUUACUAUUAUUCGGAGGCAGACGAUGAGUUAGAGCAGACUGAAAGCGACGACGAUGAAGAAGAAGAAUAUCGUAUCAAUCAAUUUAUUACAUCGGAAGAAGCUAGUGCCUUUCAGACUCCUUCAACUACUGAAGGACAAAAGUUGGAGUCAACGACGGAACUCUUUCAAACUACAUUGUCUAGUGUGGACAAGUCUACCGAGGUACAGUCCGGUACAGAAUCUUCAUCGCACAAGCACGUUGAGAUAGAGCAGACAACAGAGUUUCAAGAGAGAGCAUACUCUACCAGCGAUGUAACAACACAGUUCUAUGGUGUUGAGGAAGAUAGCCUUCCAACCACAACAGAAGGACCGACCGAUCGUAAGGAAUCGUCACAACCUGAGAGCAGCAGUGAGGGGGACUUUCUAUCAACUACUGAAUCUCCAAACACGUGUUAUCGUUGGGUAUGUGUUCCGGACAACUUACACCCUCCCGAUGGGCAGGAAAGCAAGUAUCGAAACGCAGACAUCCGGUCGCUUUGCUGGGAGACGAUGUUUGGACAAGAGUUGGCAAAGCUUACCGUUAUGGAUUUACUGGUAACGAUUGUGUCGACAUUGAUAUUGGAUUUUCUAAGAGCACUCUUUGUGCGGUACAUGAACAGUUGCUGGUGCUGGGAUUUGGAGAAAAAGUUUCCGAAAUACGGCGAUUUCAAAAUUGCAGAAAAUAUCUUACAUCUUGUGAACAACCAGGGCAUGGUAUGGAUGGGCAUGUUUUUCUCACCUGGGCUAGCCGUGCUGAAUAUAGCGAAGCUGGUCAUCAUACUGUAUCUACGCUCAUGGACCGUUCUCACCUGCAACGUUCCCCACGAGGUGGUCUUUCGAGCAUCACGCUCCAACAACUUUUACUUCGCUCUGCUGCUAACCAUGCUGUUCCUUUGCGUACUUCCCGUGAGCUAUGCCAUCGUGUUUCUGGAGCCAUCGUGGCACUGUGGCCCGUUCUCAAACUCGAACCGCAUCUACCAUCUGCUCACGAACGCAACCGAACAGAUCAUACCGGAGAUGAUUACCAAGUAUAUUGUAUCGCCGGCUGCCGUAAUUCCGCUGCUCGUUCUGCUCAUUCUGAUUAUCUAUUAUCUGAUCUCGCUUACCGGAUCGUUGCGCGAAGCGAACCAAGAUCUCAAGCUACAGCUACGCAAGGAGCGUACUGAAGAGCGUAGGAAAAUGUUUAAAAUAGCCUCCAGCACUCAGCAACAGACACCGGGCACUGGAAUGGCCGGCAUCAAUGGGCUUUCAAGUUCAUGGCACAAGGUGCUGGAUUCUACGCAACUGCGUCUUCAGUCGACAACGGACAAUGCAACCGAUUCGGAGAAUUCCAGCUCCAAACGUAAGGAACUGCUACAGCGCAUGAUGAAGAAAGCUCUCCAGAAGGAAAACUCGCUCACUACCGAGCUGGAAUCUACUGCUGCUGCUGGUGUUGGUGGAGGACUGCAAAGUUUAACCGCUGAGUCUCCGUUGCCCGUAUCGCCACCAGUUAUUGGAACGAUAAAUGAAAAGAAUCGAUCAUCGAUCCAAGUGAAACCAAAGCCCAAGGACCCGAAGGAUGCCAGCGGCUCGGAUGUGUUUCGUUUCGAUCGAAGUGCCGUAGAGCAUAUGAACCGUCAAACGGAGGGAACAGUACCGACAGUAGUAGCAACAACAGCAGUGAAUGAAGGCGAAGGUGGACGGAAAAAGUUCGAACGGACUCGUCCAUCAACGGCGGAACGGUUCCGUAUGGCGGCACAGGCCGAACGACGUCGAAUGCAGGGCAAGCUAGCACCGGCUGAGAAGAUGGCGGACAAGACGGCCGAUUGGAUCGAACAGAUUCCAGUGAUAACGAUCAGCAAAACGUCGAGCGAUGAGUGCAUCAUCGAUUCUGAUCUGGAGGAUCCAAACGAUCCUGCCGCAAAACCGACGGAGCCAGGUCCGAAGGAGCUAACCGUCGAGCUUAGGCAGGAUCGUACGACAUUAAAAGCAAAAUCGUCUAACGCAUGCUAAGGGGCAUGCGUU